AUGAUUUUCGUAGAUUUAGUGCAUCCGGACUCCCGUGGAGAAUGCUUGAUGCCAGCUUCUGUUUCGCCGCCUCCUGGUGGAACUAACUGGGACGAAGUACUGGUCGAUGAGGUAGACUUUAUUAACGCCUUCAAAACUGGGAAAAUCAGCAAGGAUGAUUGCCACAUAUCAUCAAUCAAAAAAGAACUGCUGGAGGAAGAUUCAUCGGAUGAUGUUGACGAAGCAAAAAUCAGCUUCCACGACGAGGUUCUCACCGACGAUGAAAAUAUGUCUGAGACGUCCUCCAUUGAAGUCCUCAUUUAG